CGGGCGGGGGCGACAGGGCCGAUUCUGGAGUGGGACUGAGCCUUUGAAAUACUCCAGCCAUGACUAAAAGAGAAGCAGAGGCGCUGAUAGAAAUUGAGAUUGAUGGAACAGAGAAAGCAGAGUGCACAGAAGAAAGCAUUGUAGAACAAACCUACGCGACAGCUGAAUGUGUAAGCCAGGCCAUAGACAUCAAUGAACCAACAGGCAAUUUAAAGAAACUGCUAGAACCAAGACUACAGUGUUCUUUGGAUGCUCAUGAAAUUUGUCUGCGAGAUAUCCAGCUGGAUCCAGAACGAAGUUUAUUUGACCAAGGAGUAAAAACAGAUGGAACUGUACAGCUUAGUGGACAGGUAAUUUCUUACCAAGGAAUUGAACCACAAUUAAACAUCCUUGAAAUUGUUAAACCUGCGGACACUGUUGAGAUUGUUAUUGAUCCACAUUCCCACCAUGCUGAAUCAGAAGCACAUCUUGUUGAAGAAGCUCAAGUGAUAACUCUUGAUGGCACAAAACACAUCACAACCAUUUCAGAUGAAACUUCAGAACAAGUAACAAGAUGGGCUGCUGCACUGGAAGGCUAUAGGAAAGAACAAGAACGCCUUGGGAUACCCUAUGAUCCCAUACAGUGGUCCACAGACCAAGUCCUGCAUUGGGUGGUUUGGGUAAUGAAGGAAUUCAGCAUGACCGAUAUAGACCUCACCACACUCAACAUUUCGGGGAGAGAAUUAUGUAGUCUCAACCAAGAAGAUUUUUUUCAGCGGGUUCCUCGGGGAGAAAUUCUCUGGAGUCAUCUGGAACUUCUCCGAAAAUAUGUAUUGGCAAGUCAAGAACAGCAGAUGAAUGAAAUAGUUACAAUUGAUCAACCUGUGCAAAUUAUUCCAGCAUCAGUGCAAUCUGCUACACCUACUACCAUUAAAGUUAUAAAUAGUAGUGCGAAGGCAGCCAAAGUACAAAGAGUGCCGAGGAUUUCAGAAGAUAGAAGCUCAUCUGGGAACAGAACAGGAAACAAUGGCCAAAUCCAACUAUGGCAGUUUUUGCUAGAACUUCUUACUGAUAAGGACGCUCGAGACUGUAUUUCUUGGGUUGGUGAUGAAGGUGAAUUUAAGCUAAAUCAGCCUGAACUGGUUGCACAAAAAUGGGGACAGCAUAAAAAUAAGCCUACGAUGAACUAUGAGAAACUCAGUCGUGCAUUAAGAUAUUAUUAUGAUGGGGACAUGAUUUGUAAAGUUCAAGGCAAGAGAUUUGUGUACAAGUUUGUCUGUGACUUGAAGACUCUUACUGGAUACAGUGCAGCAGAGUUGAACCGUUUGGUCACAGAAUGUGAACAGAAGAAACUUGCAAAGAUGCAGCUCCAUGGAAUUGCCCAGCCAGUCACAGCAGUAGCUCUGGCUACUGCUUCUCUGCAAACGGAAAAGGAUAAUUGAGCCCCAGGACAUUCUGGGACUCCAAAGUCUUUCUUAAAAUGUUUAGAGCAAGUAUAGCUCUUACCUUUAUUACUGAAUUUGAAUCUUCUUUUAUUUCUAGGCUGUACAGUCUGAUGCAUGAUUUUUUUAUAAAUAUUUCAUACUCUUGUGAA